AAAAAUAAAUUAAUUAAUACGUGAAAAAAUGGGACAUAUUAAACCUACACAUAUUUUAUUUUCAUCUUCACAUAAGAGUAUAACUUAUGAUCCAAUACCAAUUAUUUUAAUAUUGGCUAAUUCAGUAAAUUUAAUAGGAUGUAUUGAAGUUAGUUAUCGCGUUUAUUAUAAAAAAUGUAAAAUUGGAAAAUAUCUACUUUUACCUUUAGAUUCAAAAUUUUCUUUAUAUAUUGCUAUUUCAAACGGUCUUCUUGCUGUAAUGCAAAUCAUUGACAUGGUACUCACUUGUACAAACAUGUUAAAACCUGGUGCAAUUUGUGAUAUAACAGGAAGAUUUUCACCAAGUUUUUUAACAUUAAAUCUACUUUCAGUUAUGUCUUUUGCAUAUUUAAUUUAUUUGAAAAUAUGUAAAAAUAUUGAUGUGAAUGAAAAAACUGGAAAAUAUGAUUGGAAAUUAUGGAAAUUAUUAUUUCUGGUUUCUUGGGUUGCAACUAUUUUCGGUUUAAAUAGAUAUGAACCUCGAAGUCUAUGGUGUACGAAUCAACCGAAAGGAGAAAUUAUAUAUUUAUCUAAUAUAAUAUUUAUUAUAAGUGUAUUAUUCUCUACAAUAUUAAUAUACUGUAAACUUAAAAAUUCAAAUAUGAAUCAAAUAAGUAUAGUUGAGAAAUAUAUACCUACUCAUCCGCAUAUUGUGCGAAAUGCUGCUUCUUAUUUAUUAGUAUUCUUUUUACAAUGGACUUGCAUUUUGAUAUAUAAUUUUUCGUCAAUUUUUGAAAUAAAUGAUAAAUUAACGAAAACAUAUUUUGCAGCAUUAUUAAUUUUAGGUAUUAAUUUUGGUGGAAUCGGUAACGCCAUGGUAUAUAUUAUAAAUGAGUAUAGAACACAAAUCAUUGAAGAAAAUUCUGACAAUUUGAUGGGUUCUUUCUCUACUAAAACUUAUGGAUCAUUAGAUUGUUAAUUUAUGUUUAAAAAAAAAAAAAAAGUUUCAAUAUAUAGUGAUGUAUAGUGUAAAAAUCAUUCGUUAGGAAAAUAUACGUUUAAUAUGUAAUUUUUUUAAAUAAGUUCAUUGUAUUAUAAAUAUUUCAUUAUC